AUGGCCAACAACAACGAUGGUGAUCGAGAUGGCAUCGGAAGCCUCUUCAAGGACCACAAACUAACUUUCCUCCUAAUCGCAGCCGGAACCACCUCUCUCUUCAUCACCAUCUACCAUCUCAUCACUGUCUGCUUAUAUAAUCGGAACCAGACGCCACGGUCUCCGCCGCCGCGGCAGCUGCAGCCACAGGACCCGCAUAACAGCGCCGAGGCGUCUGUGGCCGAGCUUAUCCCGGCGCACAAGUAUAAUAGAGGAGAAGGUUUGGUGGGAUACGCGAACGACGAAGACGUGGUUUGCGCGGUGUGCCUAGCCGAAUUCGAAGAGGGGGAGGAGCUCCGGACCUUGCCGGAGUGCUUGCACUCGUUUCACGCGCCGUGUAUAGAUAUGUGGCUCUUUUCACAUUCCACUUGUCCGGUAUGCCGUGGCGAUGCCACGCCUUCCCCGUCGCCGACGAUCGGAUGGCAUGGUGAGACACGGUUGGAUUCUAGGAGAUAUUGA